UGUAGGAAGCUUCCGUUUAUCUGCGAGGUCAGAGAAGGCAGGCUGCGCGUUACAGUGGUGCUGUUGAAAAACACACGAUGAAAAUGGCGUGGACACCACAGGAGGAAGGACUCAGGCAAAUCCUGACGCUGCUCAAGGAGUCGCAGAGCCCGGACACGGCGACCCAGCGGGCCGUACAACAAAAAUUGGAAGAGUUGAACAAAUUCCCGGAUUUUAAUAACUACUUGAUUUUUGUUCUGACGAAAUUGACAUCGGAAGACGAACCUACCAGGUCUCUGAGCGGACUGAUACUGAAGAACAACGUUAAGACGUACUUCCAUAAAUUUGUACCGGAAGUCAUAAAUUUCGUGAAGCAAGAAUGUCUGUCAGCUGUCGGAGACCCAUCGCCGCUGAUUCGCGCGACCGUUGGUAUUUUGAUCACCACCGUCGCGUCAAGAGGUGAAUUAACAACUUGGCCGGAAUUGUUGCCGGCGCUGUGCCAGAUGUUGGACUCGCAGGAUUACAACGUUUGCGAGGGCGCGUUCGGCGCCCUCCAGAAGAUUUGCGAGGACUCGGCGGAGAUAUUGGACUCGGACGCUCUGAAUCGCCCGUUGAACGUUCUGAUUCCAAAGUUCCUCCAAUUCUUUAGACAUUCGAGCCCCAAGAUCAGAUCCCACGCGAUAGCGUGCGUCAAUCAGUUCAUCAUUCAACGCACGCAGGCGCUUAUGAUACAUAUAGACAGCUUUUUGGAGAAUCUCUUCCACUUAGCUUCAGAUGAUGAUUCCGACGUCCGAAAGAACGUGUGCAGGGCACUGGUGAUGCUGCUCGAGGUACGAAUGGAUAGACUAAUACCACAUAUGCACAAUAUAAUAGAGUACAUGCUAAUGAGAACUCAGGACGUUGACGAAGGAGUGGCAUUGGAGGCGUGCGAAUUUUGGUUGUCACUAGCGGAGCAACCAAUUUGCAAGGAGGCACUUGCGCCACAUCUGCCGCGAUUAGUACCCAUCUUAGUGAAAGGUAUGAAAUAUUCGGAAAUUGACAUAAUCCUCUUGAAAGGAGACGUGGAGGAGGACGAAAUGAUUCCGGACAGAGAAGAGGACAUCCGGCCACGUUUUCACAAAUCCAAGACGCAUCACUCGCAUCACGCCAACGGUAUGAAUAAGCACACCGACGAGAACGGCGGUGUGAACGGCGGUUGCGACGACGAGGACAUAGACGUCGAGGAUGGAUGCGACGACGACUCGACUCUGAGUGAUUGGAACUUGAGGAAAUGCUCCGCCGCUGCGCUAGACAUGCUGGCUAACGUCUUCAGGGAAGAGCUCCUGCCGGUUUUGGUACCGAUCCUGAAGGAGACCCUUUUCCAUCAGUCCUGGGAGAUCAAGGAAUCCGGUAUUCUGGCGCUGGGAGCUAUCGCUGAAGGAUGUAUGAGUGGCAUGAUUCCACAUUUGUCGGAGCUUAUUCCCUAUCUGAUCAGUUGUCUGAGCGACAAGAAGGCCCUUGUGCGUGCCAUAACUUGUUGGACGCUGAGCCGUUACGCGCAUUGGGUUUGUGCGCAGCCUCACGAGACGCAUUUGAAACCUCUAAUGACGGAACUGCUCAAGAGAGUGCUCGACAGUAACAAACGUGUUCAAGAGGCCGCUUGCUCCGCUUUCGCAACUUUGGAGGAAGAGGCGUGCACCGAACUGGUCCCUUACCUCGGAUUCAUUCUCGAAACGCUCGUCUUCGCGUUCAGUAAAUAUCAGCAUAAGAACCUUUUAAUUCUGUACGACGCGAUCGGCACUCUCGCCGAUUCUGUGGGUCAUCACCUGAACAGGCCAGACUACAUCAAUCUACUGAUGCCGCCUCUCAUCAAUAAGUGGAACGUGCUGAAGGACGAGGAUAAAGAUCUGUUCCCGUUGCUGGAAUGCCUCUCUUCGGUAGCAACCGCGUUGCGUUCGGGUUUCUUACCAUAUUGCGAACCCGUCUACAGGCGGUGCGUGUCACUUGUGGAGCAAACGCUCAAUCAGCAUAUAGCAAGUACGCAAAGUCCAGAGCAGUUUGAGGCACCCGAUAAGGACUUCAUGAUCGUCGCAUUGGACCUGCUUAGCGGAUUAGCGGAAGGGCUGGACGGUCACAUGGAACGUCUAGUGAUGAACAGCAACGUUAUGCAGCUGUUGUACCAAUGUAUGCAGGAUACCAUGCCCGAGGUUAGACAGAGUAGUUUCGCUCUAUUAGGAGAUCUUACGAAAGCUUGCUUCCAACACGUGCUCCCCUGCAUACCGGAGUUUAUGCCAAUACUUGGACAAAACUUGCAUCCGCAGUUCAUAUCAGUAUGUAACAACGCGACAUGGGCGAUCGGCGAAAUUUCGAUAAAACUCGGUCCCGACACGAGCGCGUAUAUCCCGUUAAUUUUGACACAGCUCAUCGAAAUCAUCAACCGACCGGACACGCCGAAAACGCUGUUAGAAAAUACGGCCAUAACGAUCGGUCGCCUAGGUUAUGUGUGUCCCCACGACGUCGCCCCCAUGUUACAGCAGUUUGUCCGACAGUGGUGCACUUCUUUGCGAAGCAUAAGAGAUAACGAAGAAAAGGAUUCUGCGUUCAGAGGUAUGUGUCAAAUGAUCACUGUCAAUCCGGCCGGCGUCGUCCCGGACUUCAUCUUCUUCUGCGACGCAGUGGCGUCGUGGUCUGCGCCGAAGGAGGAUCUGAAGGAGAUGUUCCAGAAGAUACUGUUCACUUUCAAAAACCAAGUGGGUGAGGAGAAUUGGAAACGAUUCUCCGAUCAGUUUCCGCCGCAGCUGAGUGAGCGGCUCCACAACAUGUACGGCGUCUGAACAGCUCCGCCUAAAAGCGAAGGCCGCGUAAUGCAGCAGGCCGAACGGGGUUGGGCGGGAAACAAGGGGCGUUUGGGAUGGGUGGGUGAAACCACGGCCUCUUCUCAUCAACAUCGUUGUCGUUACCGUGUCAUCGUGGUAUGUUAUUGUGCUUUCGGGGAAAAUGAUAAGAGGUACGCGCGGUGCGUGCCUCUUAAAGUUUUGGCAGCCGGUCGGAGGCUGCCAAACGGAAGAGAACGAAGAGAAAGGGUGAAAGAAUGUUAACGAGUCGAGAAAGGCAAGAACGACAAGAGAUAAGCAUUGGCCGAAAAAGUAAAAAAAAGCGUGGGUGGGCGGGGAUGGGACUUAUUUCGGGGUGGGAGGGAGGAAUUUUGUGGGGAUCACCGACUAUUACAUUUUGAGAGACGGAACGAGGUAUAUCCGCGUAACAGCAAUCCCGGGCUCUUGAUACCUCGGGUGUACGUGACGUACACGCUCUGUACGCUCCAUUAGCGCUUUCAUUAGCGCUACCGCGGUAACACUGAAUACGAGAGUGUUACAUUUAUUCUCACGUAUGUCAAAACGUGACACAAAUGCUGGCGCCAACGGCCAACUCUGCCCCAGCUCUUUAACAUAAUUAGAUAUAUAUACAUAUAUAUAAUAUUAUUGAGAGCAACCAACUCACAAAAAAAAAAACAGUUGGAACGUAAGAACUUAGCAUAGAUCUCACGUUAUAGAGAUCGCGCGAAUACUGUGAUCGAAAAUUUAUACGUUAGAUAUUGAUCCUUCUUUUUUUUUCUCCUUUUUUUCCUUCGAGAGAAAGAGAAAGUGCGAAAGAGAGAGAGAGAGAUAGAGAGAGAGAGAAACAGAGAGCGCACGGGCGCGAAAGCAAGAGAUUAUUCGAAUGUGUUUAUAGAGUUUUAGAGACAAGGUAGAACUACUUAUUUGAUAAAUAAAUAUGAUACAAGGUAGAAUACGUUAUUAGAAAUUUCAUAGUGUACAGAGGGUUUUUCGAGAAUAUAUUGUAUUUUUAUACGUUGAGAAGAAAACAAACAUACACAUGAUAGAACGCAGAAAGUGCCAUUCCGUCGUUUCGAACCAAAAUUUUUCUGCUUAUUUUAUUCUCUCCCUUGCUGAUAUUGUGAUAUUAGGUUUACGCGACAACUUUGUCAUCAUGUGUAAAACAUUUCAAGUGUAUGCGUGCAUAUGCAUAUAUAUACACAUAUACAUUUAUAUAUUAUGCAUCCUAUUGUUAUAUGUAUACGUACGUAUACCAAACAUGAUACGAUGUUUUAACUAGCAGACUUUUUGUGAUUACUUUUUUUUUUUGUUAAACAUAUUAAAUUAGUAUCAUAUUAGUAUUAGUGUAAAUAUAGAUGGAUACAUUUUAGAAUGGACGUUUUUGUUAAUCAUUAUAAUAGAUUAUUUCAAAUCUUUGCCGGAUCUAUCGAAGUCUCUCGAAUUGUUUAAAGUCAUCGAUCAAAAAAGGAAUUUAUUUAAAAAACGAUUUACAGAUACGAUUCACAGAGCAAGCGAAUCUAUGACGUGAAAUCUAUGGCGAUGUUAAUUUUAUUUGCGCGAUAUAAUGAUCUCGACAACUCAUCUGGAUAAAGAAAUCUUGCGUUUAAAUCGUGUUUUUUUUUUCAAAGAGAGAGAGAGAGAGAGAGAAAGAAAAAGAACACUGUCAUUCCAGUCCCACUUGCUUGGGCCAGUUAAAAAGAAAGUAAGCAAGUCCUUUUUAUCUUAAAGUGAUGUGCGUUUUUAUCUCGGUUGUUACUUAAGAAAAAUGAGAAACAAUUCUAUAAAUCAUAUUGUGACAAAAAUAUGUAUUAUCGACGAUUGAGUUUAUAUGUGUAUUCAUCUCAGACAUGAAGCUGCGAGAUCCUUCAACAAUGCGAUAUUUCUGAAUAGUUUUACAACAUAAAAGAAAGAGCUAUGUUUUAAUUUUCACCUACUCGCACACGCAUCGAGACCAAGUGAGAGAGGAAGAAGAUAAACGGAGGAGAUGGCACAACGUGGACGAAGGGGGAAAAAAAAAGAAAGAAAAUAACUGACCAUCGUUAAAGUCGCUAUUGUCAAUCAAACAUGAAAUCUAUCAAUAAAAGAUCCAACUGGCGGGAACCGAACUAGCGCAGGCGAGACGGACGUUUUCAAAACCAAAAA